CCCGCCGUCCCUGCCCCGGCCAUGGCGGCUCCCCGCCGGCUGCAGCUGACGCUGGCGCUGCUCAAGCCGGACGCGGUGGCCCAUCCGCUCGUGCGCGAGGCCGUGCACGCCGCCAUCCUCCGUCACCGGUUCCUCAUUGUCCGCGCCAAGGAGCUGCGGUGCGGCCCGGAGCAGAGCCGCCGCUUCUACCGGGAGCACGCAGGGCGUUUCUUCUACCAGCGGCUGGUGGAGUUCAUGGCCAGUGGCCCCAUGUGGGCUUACAUCCUGGCCCACGAGAACGCCGUCCCUCUCUGGAGAUCCGUGAUGGGACCCACUAAAGUGUUCCGAGCCCGACACAGCGACCCAGACUCCAUCAGAGGUGCCUAUGGCCUCACAGACACCAGGAACACGACCCAUGGUUCAGACUCACCUGCCUCAGCCAGCAGAGAAAUUGCCUUUUUCUUCCCCGAGUUCGAUGAGGAGCGCUGGUACGAGCAGGAGGAGCCCCAGCUCCGCCGCGGGCAGCUGUACUACAGCGCCGAGGAGCGCGUGCACCGCGUGCUCAGGGCAGAGGAGGCAGAGGUACAGAUCCAGGGAUCUGCGGGACAUCACUGCUGUGCCUGUCCUCAGCAGUGUCCAGAGUGGAUCUGCUCAGGAUCCUGUGUGUCUUCACACAGCUCUGAGCGCUGCUGUCCCCAGUGCUGUUGAUACUUUAUUGAUAUUUUGUCAGUUGUUUUAUUGAUUCUUGUAAAUUUUGCUCAGAUCUGUGUGUUUUCCUUGUAACUAUUAAACUUUACUGUUUCUCACCUUU